CCAUUUGCUAAUUAAGGGGGGAAAUUCUUCUGAAGCGAAACUCAUCUGACGCCUAUACAACCAUGAGUAUUGUAGAAGCAUUGUGUGAUUUUGUCCAAGUUAUCUUUGUCAUCUGCUACCAUUAUGUGCUAGCAUUUGUCAGAGUGUUUUUUCCUCCAACGAGAAAGUCCAUCAAAGGAGAGAUAGCCUUGGUCACUGGGGCCGGGCAUGGAAUUGGCCGAGAGCUGGCCCUUGAGAUCUCCAAACUUGGGGCCACUGUUGUGGUUUGGGAUAUCAACAAGGAAAAUAAUGAGAAAACUGCAUCAGAAAUCAACAAAUCUGGGGGUAAAGCAUACGCUUACACAUGUGAUAUUACCAGCUCUGUAAAGGUUACUGAAGUAGCUAAUAAAGUUAGAAGUGAUGUAGGGGACAUAACACUUUUAAUCAAUAAUGCUGGGGUAGCAAAUUGUGGCCCAUUCCUUGAUCUGACAGAGGCUGAUAUUAGAAGGACAAUGGAAGUCAAUUUAUUGUCCCAUUUUUGGAUGAUUAAAGAAUUCUUGCCUUCAAUGAUAAAAAAUCAGCAUGGUCAUAUUCUAAAUGUUAUUUCAAUGGCUGCCUUCACUGGAGCUAAUUUGUUGACAGAUUACUGUGCAUCCAAACAUGGAGCAUAUGGACUGUUUCAGUCUUUGCAAGCAGAGUUAAGAAAAGAUGGACACCACAAUAUUAAGAUGACCGCUCUAUGUCCUAUGUUUGUAGACACUGGACUUUUAAAGAACUUUACUCUCAAACAUGGCAAAGUUUUGACCCCAAAUCAAGUUGCUUUGGCUGGAAUAGAUGGGAUGCUAAGAGACUAUGAACUGGUCUCUGUGCCAUGUUGGAUUGCUAGAUUAACCCUUUAUCUGACAGGAAUUUUGCCAAGGAAAGCUGGACAAUUUCUUACUAAAAAAACUGGAAUUAACAUUGAGUCCCAGUAUAAAAAGCAUAAUUAAAAACAUUGCUUAUGGUUAAACUGAUUAAAAUGUUGCAGGCUAUAUCAUUGUGAUGCUUUUUCAAUUUAAAACUUAUUCCUAUUAAAAUAGCUUUUAAUGCAUUUAUCAUCUUUUUAACUGAAUUUGUGUAGCCUACUUGAAAUUUUUUGGAUAUAAUAUAUAUUCAAUCUAAAAAAACUUUAUUUGG